AUGUGCUGCCCCUGGGCUGGGAUCCUACUCCUCAUCCUGCAGGUGGCGGCUUCCCAAGAGGGGCUGUGGCUGCAGCAAAGCCCAGCAGAGAUCUGGAUGAUCCCAGGGCAGACUGCAGAGCUGAACUGCACUAUUUUACACAAACGAUCAUUUCUACACUGGUACAAAGAACAUCAGGAUGGCAGUCUGCAGUGGGUUGCCCAGAGUGGUAAAUAUGUAGAACCAAAACAAAGAUAUUCAAGUAAAGUGAGCAGCACCGGGAAAACGCACUCUCUUGUCAUCAACAAGCUACAGGAGGAGGAUUCUGGGGUCUAUUAUUGUGCCCUCGAUGUCUCUACACACACCGACUUCACGAACGGGACCAGGCUGAUCGUCUCCGACACCCCACAGCCCAGCCUUGCCAUCCUGGCGCCUUCGCCCCCAGAGGACACUGAGCUCCCAGACCCCAUCCCCCUGCUCUGCCUGCUCUUCCCGCAUGCUCGGGGCUGGGGGGCACCUCUCUGGGACACUGGGGAAGAUACAAGAGCCCUGGACAGGGAAGGUGCUUGGAGCCUGACGAUGGUCCCCAGGAAAAGGUGGGAUGCGGGGACUUGCUGGACCUGCACCGCCAGAGAGAAGGGAACCGAGAGAAACAUCAGCACUGCCGUGGCCAAAGUCCUGGGCACCACAUCAGAGGGGCCCUGCUGGGUCGUGCGCUGGGUGGGGCUGCCCUGCAUCUGCCUCCUCCUGCUGAUGCAGAGCCUGAUCCUGCUCUCCACCAAGUGCCCCUGCACAGGGAGAGCGGCAGCACCGGGAAGCAAUGUGCGCCCGAGGCAGAGCCCAGAGACAGAAUAUGCAGCUGUGAGCCACGGCGGCAGAAAUGCUCCUGAGUAA